AAAGCCCUGAAAACUAUGGAGAAAGUGGCUCUUCAGAUCCUUGUUCUUUGUCAGGUUGGGCCAGGGACAGUGGCCAAUGCCCUUCUGUUUAUCCAUAAUUUCUCUCCAAUUGUGACUGACUCUCAGAUGAGGCCCAUUCAAAUCAUUCAAACAAACUUGGCCAUAGCAAAUGUCUUCAUUAUCCUCCUCUUAUUCUUUACAAACAACAUGACAGUUGGGGUUUUAAAAAGGACCCUAACUGACCUCAGUUGUAAAUGUGGGUACUUCCUGUACUUGGUGGCUCGAAGUUCAAAUAUGUGCUUCACCUGUGCCCUGAGUACUUAUCAGUUUGUCACUCUUGUUUCUGGUAACUGGGGUAGGGUCUUGCUUAGAGGAAGAGCAACCAAGGUUGUUAGCUAUUCUUGUUAUAGUUGUUGGUUGUUCAGCAUCUUAAAUAAUGCUUACAUUCCAAUGAAAAUCAGUGGUUCACAAAAACCAAACAAUGGCAUUGAUGUUAAAGUUAAGUGGGUCUGCUCCAUCUCUGAUUUCAGUGUAGGCAUGAACUUCUUGCGGUUUGCUCACGACAUCAUCUUCAUCAGUAUCAUGCUCUGGACCAGUGUCUCCAUGGUACUUCUCCUGAGAAAACACCACCAGAGACUGCAGCACAUUCACACACCCAUUCAGGACCACAGAGGAUAUGCUGAGAUCAGAGCAUGCCACACCAUCCUCAUGGUGGUGGUCACAUUUGUAAGCUUUUAUUUUCUAGACUGCAUUUGUACCUUCUUUCGCAUUUCUUUUGUGAACACUUGUCUCUGGUUAGGGCAUGUCAAAGAAGUUUUAGCUGUAAGCUUCCCUACCAUUUAUCCCUUAAUAUUGAUCUUUAGAGGUCCUAAGGAUCAUUGUUCUCUUUUCUUCACUGUGCAACCACUAAACCAUGUGACUAGAUGAGCCAGGCUAGAGCAAGAGUGAUUGAUCCAUAAUCUUAUCCUGAGAUCUGAAGAAUUCUUUUCUUGAUUUGGGUCAGUACUACCUGGCACACAUAGACUGUAUAGGUCCCUCCUCUGCCAUAUUUGAGGUAGAUAUUUAGCCUCAAUGCCAGGUUUCAGGUUAAACUUUCUGUCUCCUAAAAGCCCAUAUACAUCUAGCACAUGAAAUUCUGCUUCAUGGAAAGGAAGCAUUGCCAGUGUCACAGUC